AUUUAUCACAACGGAUCAAAUCACACCGGUAUUGUGUACUCCAAACUUACCGCCUCCACUUCCACGACCAGCGCUUAGUGGACCUCAAUCGCCCUCUACCUUCGUUUGGUGCGUCGCAUAUUAUUCUUAGGCUUUUCUUUCAGCGGUACCGGUGUGCACUGGUUCAGCGGCCUCAAAGGGCAUAUACCGAGCAGUAGCCCUUAUCACCAUCGAAAUACGUGGUGAACAUUUCCCUUAAUAUGGAUUGGGACGAACGGGCAGAGCUUGCACAUGACAUGUUGUGCGACGAGUGGUUCAGCAAAUUUCGAGCACAACGAGGCCUGCCUAUUGCCAACUGGGUCUCUUCUUUCCGUAGUGGCCAUCCAAGCGAGGUUGUUGAGGACCACUGUGGUUCCUUCAACUGGAGCUGCCGCGUACGCUUCAAAGACGGCGUGGAAUGGCUAGUACGAUUUGCCGUGCCUGGAAGAGUUAUGGACGGAGACGAGAAGCUACGUCGAGAAGUCGCAGUAAUGUGCUUGGUUAGGGAGAAAACAAAGAUCCCUGUGCCCAAGGUUUAUGCUUGGGGACUGUCAAAAGACAAUGCUCUAGGGUUAGGGCCGUUUAUCAUGAUGGAUUACAUUGCGGGCGGCGAGUCCCUCGGUCAUCUUUGGCGAGAAGGCCCUGAGACACGGAUACUAAGAUCCGAUAUCAGCGAACGGGACCUGCGCACUGUGUAUCGCCAGAUAGCGGGUUUCUAUCUCGAACUAGCAGAGUUGGAGUUUCCCAAUGUUGGGUCUCUAUCAAUCGGGGACGAUCUAAGUAUCCACGCGGACUUGGGGCCGCUAACGCUUAAAAUGCAAGAGAUAGAGGCGCAUGGAGGAGUCAAAGUUGGAGGCAAUCGCUCGACCACAUUUCCAUCCGUGAGAGCAUACUUCAACUACGUCGCUGAGCAAGAUAUGGACCAUUUGUGCGAGCAGCCCAACUCAGUCGACAACGCUGAUGAUGCUCGGGCUAAAUACAGAUUCCGCCACCAGGUUAAUGCCAUCAUUCCACACUUCAUCGUUGACGAUGAUGCAACUGCUUUCAGACUAAUCUGUGACGAUUUUCGCUACGGGAACAUGAUAGUCAACAAUGCAAGAGAACUCAAGAUAAUCGCGGUAAUAGACUGGGAGUGGGCAUACGCAGCACCGUACCAGAUGUUCUACUCAGCGCCACGAUGGCUCCUAAUGAAGAGCCCAAUCUUCUGGCCAACACACAACGGUCCUGAGUAUCAGCGAUACAACGCAUGCCUAGAAAUCUUUCUCGACGAGCUUAAACGCGAGGAGAUCGAGCGAGAUAAGGUUACGCCGCAGCAUGGACUUCAGGAUAGACUUUCUGACCUCAUGCGGAAGUCUAUGAGCGACGGCAAGUUCUGGUUCCACGAAUUGAUGUAUGACUGCUUUACAGCUGCCGACAAUCCAGCUUGGAAGGCUAUUUGCGAUAUCUGCCCUAACACUGAUGAGCUCGCCACUAUCUCAGAGCCGGAGCUUGAAGAGUUCGUUGAGAGGAAAAUGAAGCAAUUAUCGGCGUAUAGGGCGGAGUGGAGCGCGAUAAAGGCAAGGAUCGAUCGCGAACAGGCUGAAUUGAAUGAAAAGGUACCGCAGAUGGGGUUGGAGGAUUUGAGCGCUAGCGGAUGUGGUACGGAGUCGUGAUGUGAACUGUAGUUGGAUAGUUGGGGUCGGAAUAUAUUUCAGUCAGAGCGCAUUCCCC